AUGCACAUUAAGCAAGUGAUUGUGUGCGGCUUCCGCAGCUACAAGGAUCAAGUGGCUGUAGCGCCCUUCAGUAAUCAACACAAUGUUGUGAUCGGACGCAACGGCACGGGCAAGUCUAACUUCUUCGACGCCAUCCGCUUCGGGCUGCUCACAUCCCGCUUCGCCAACCUGCGACCCGAUGAGCGGCAAGCGCUACUGCAUGAAGGUUCGGGAAAACACGUUAUGUCGGCGUACGUAGAGAUCGUUUUUGACAACAGCGACGGGCGUUUGCCUGUGGACGACACCGAAGUGACACUGAGACGCACCAUUGGCGUCAAGAAAGACGAGUUUUUCCUCAAUCGCAAACAUAUCACAAAGAGUGACGUGGUUCAUCUUCUAGAGAGCGCGGGUUUCUCACGCUCCAAUCCGUACUAUAUCGUGCAGCAGGGUAAAGUCAAUGCCCUAGCCGUAAUGCGUGAGCGCGAGCGACUCGAGCUGCUUAAGGAGGUGGCAGGCACCAAAGUGUACGAGGACCAGCGAGUAAAGUCACUUAAGAUUCUGCAGGACACGCAGAUGCAACGAGACAAGAUCCAGGAGGUCGUAAGUUAUAUUGAGGAGAGGUUAGCUGAGCUGGAAGAGGAAAAGAAAGAACUGAAAGAGUACCAGCAACUGGACAGAGAACAACGCGCUCUGGAGUAUACGAUGCACGAGAAAGAGCUACAGAAUGUACAAGCAGAGAUUGAAGCUUUGGAGAAACAGCGACAAGAGGAGGGCACGCGGUCUACAGAACUGCACGAGAAGCUCAUGCAGGUCCGAGCUGAGAUCAGUCGGAUUGAAAGUUACCACCAGAGGAAAGAGCAAGAUCUAGCACAGCUCGUAGAGGAACGAGAGAGUCAGGAGGAGGAGCGGAAGGGGCUGAUGGAAGCUAGAUACAAGCUGGAGAUGGAGGUGCGAGAGCUAAAGGAGCAGAUCCGCUCGGACGGUGUGCAGCGGUCGGCUGUGUCCAAGGAGGUGGAUGUGGUCAAGCGCGAGAUUGAAGCCAAGCAAGCACAGCUGAACAAUGAGAUUCUACCCGCACUUCGAAAGGCUGGACAAACGCAUGACCAAGUGGCUCGAAAUCUCCAAGAGUGUAGAGCGCAGUCGGAGCAUCUUAUCGCCAAGCAGAGUCGCAAAAGUCAGUUCCGUACCCAGCAAGAGCGUGACGAUUAUCUGCAGCGUGAGAUCAGUGACAUUGAGAGCUUGGUCCGUCGAAAGGAGGGCGACACGGGGUUGUUGAGGGACUCUAUUGAAGGUUUGGCUAAUUCCAUUGACGGAUCCGAUCGAACACUCAAGCAACAAACUGAAGAGCUUCGUGAACAUCGCCGCCGGGUGGAUGCUGUCGGAGCCCAAGUGUUGCGUCUAAAGGAGCAGCGUAACUUUCUGAGCGAAGAGCGCAAGGGAAAAUGGCGAGAGGAGAAUCAAGCCUCGUACGAACUGCGAGAGUUGAAGAAGAAAGUGAGCGAUGGAGAACAUGCGCUGCAGAGUACGAUGUUCUACGACGUUCGCCGUGGUUUACAGGCAGUACGAGAGAUGCAAGAUCGCAUUCGAGGAGUUUUUGGGCCACUGAUCGAUCUUGUGAGACCUGUGGACGAGCGCUACUGUAUUGCAGCCGACGAAGCCGCUGGUGGCGCUCUUUUCCACGUUGUCGUGGAUACGGACGACACAGCGACAAGAAUUAUGCGGGAGCUCGACAAGAAAAACCUGGGUCGACUUACUUUCUUGCCUCUUAACCGCCUAAAAGUGAAGGAUCAUUUUGACUAUCCUCGAAAUGACGACGUUGUAGCGUUGGUGGAGAAGCUGGAAUACCCUGCUGAGAUUCGUAGAGCUGUUAUGGCAGCUUUUGGUAAAAAGUUAUUGUGUCGGGACUUGGACACGUGUGUUCGGUACGCAGAGCAGACGAACAUGGACUGCUUGACUCUGGAGGGCGAUAUGGUUCACCGUCGCGGUGCUCUGAAUGGUGGCUUUAAAGACCCUCGUCGCUCUCGCACCCGAGCGAUGAUGGAAGUGAAGCAGGCGCAAGUGGAUCUGGAGAGAGUAGCUGAAAGAGCGCGGAGAGUGACAGCAGAGGCUCAGCAAGCAGAUCAGCGAGUGACCGGCAUUAUUAGCGAAAUCCAGAAACUCGAGGCUGAAAAGCACCGUGCCAUUACCGCUCAUGAGCGCUUGUGUGACGAAAUCUCUCGACGUAAGAACCACAUUCGCACCGAGAGAGACAAUUUGGCACAAAGAGAGCGGAGCUGUGAACUUCAGGAACGAGAGGUGAAGGAUCUUGUCGCGAAGGCUAUGGCGCUCCGUUCGGAGCUUCUAACUUCUAUGCAAGACUCCCUGACAGCAGACGAACACCAAUUACUGCACUCACUGUCUGCCAAGAUUUCCUUGUUCGAAGCUGAAGAACGAGACCAACGCCAGCGCCUUGAGGAAAUUCGCUCUGAGAAGGAGAGUAUCAACACGGUGUUGGAGGAAAAUCUGAUUCGACGUGAGAAUGAACUCGCGCGACAACUUGGAGAGGGUGUCGAAGAGCUGGCAACUAGUGAGCGCGAAGAAAACCUCAAGGCCAAGCAAAUUGACCUGGGCGAUGCCUCGCGUCUGGUGGAUGACAACUCGUCGUUGCUGAAAGACCUGGAGCAAAAAAUCGAGGCAUUGCAGCAAGGAAUCACCAAUGAGAAUGCUCUAGUGGAUACUUUGAACGGAGAAGAUGUGUCACUAAGUGAUGAAAUCCAGCAGGAGGCUCGGGGGACAGAAAAGAUCUUGAAUAAGCACCGUCGUUUGCUGAAGAAGCGUGAAGAUGCUACGCGAGAUAUUCGAGAGCUAGGAACACUUCCGAUUGCUGAGCUUGAGAAGUUUAAAGAGCUGCCGUACUCGGACGUGAUCAAGCAGUUCAAGCGCCGAAACGAAAAGUUGAAGAAAUACAGUCACGUGAAUAAGAAGGCGCUGGACCAAUUUGUGAGCUUCAACGAGCAGCGUGCGACGCUACUGGAGCGAAAGCAAGAGAUUGACGAUGCGUACAACUCGAUCAAGGACCUGAUCGAUGUCCUGGAUAAGCGAAAAGACGAAGCCAUCUUCCGCACAUUCAAAGGUGUAGCAAGCUUCUUUUCGGAAGUAUUUCGUGAGCUGGUGCCAACUGGAGAAGGCAAGAUGAUUCUGGUAGGAGCUGACACUAGCCAGAGUGGCAAAACGAACGGUAAAGACGUGUCGCUGGAGUCAAAUGUCGGUGCGUACUCUGGAGUACAGAUCAAGGUGAACUUCCGUGGAGAGGGUGACUCUUAUUUGAUGCAACAACUUUCUGGUGGCCAGAAAGCGUUGGUGGCUCUCGCUUUCAUCUUUGCGAUUCAGCGAGUGGACCCAGCUCCUUUUUACUUAUUUGAUGAGAUCGACCAGGCGUUGGAUUCCACUCACCGAGCUGCUGUCGCGGCGUUGAUUCACCGCCAGGCUCACUCGAAGGAUAGCUCGGCACAGUUCAUCACGUCAACGUUCCGCCCCGAGCUGGUGAACAUCGCUGACAAGUUUUACGGGAUCGGCCACCAGAACAAGAUCAGCAACGUCUAUCCAAUGACAAAGGAGGAAUCUCUCGACUUCAUCUCCGAUAUUAUGACGGAGGAAGAGGGCGUCGCAGGAACGUAG